AUGGAGUGGCAUCCUGCUCAGUUUUUUGGGGACUCUCCUCCGCCGACUCCGUUUGCUUUGCUCAUUCUAAACCAACCUAUCAAUCAGAGCGCCUUGAGGCUAUUAAAGAGACAUGCAUCCUUUAUAAUUUGCGCUGAUGGUGGGGCGAAUCGCUAUUAUCACGUCAUGAAGGGACUUGGUCGGGAGAACAUAGAUAUCCCCAGUGCUAUUGUUGGAGACCUUGAUUCUAUUCACCCGGAUGUUCGAAAUCUCUACCAGGACCUCAAAGUACCCAUCAUUGAGAACCCAGACCAAUAUUCAACAGAUUUCAUGAAAUGUCUUAGCUAUCUUGCAAGUAACUGCAAUGGUAUUAUUAAUACCACCUGCCAACACAGCCAAAGCGGCUCUAGCAACCACACCAGAGGUAAGUGUAAAGACCUAGAUGUGGUCGUAUUUGGCGGACUAGGUGGGCGUGUUGACCAGGGUUUUGCGCAAAUCCAUCAUCUAUUCUGCACCACUGCAUCUGCUUCAGCGCAGAUUACACGGCCAAAGGGUGAAUUAUAUCUCAUCUCCGAAGAGAGUAUUUCCUUUUUUCUACGUGCGGGAAACAACGUGAUAGAGACUUUCGGUGGUUCCUGCCUUGGGAAAGAGAAAGAAACCAACACCAGAAGUAGCAGUUCGCAGACAAAUACUAUGGAGCGACAAGUCUGGUUCUCAGAGAACAUAGGAAUUAUUCCCAUCGGCGGUCCAUCGAUAAUAUCCACUCAGGGUUUUGAAUGGGAUGUAGGUGAUUGGAAAACAGAAUUUGGUGGGAAUUUAAGCACGAGCAACCAUAUAAGAGCCGACUCGGUCAAGGUCGAAACUUCCGCUCCAGUCCUUUUUACGGUGGAACUGGCGCCAAACUUGAAACUAGAUGCAGCAAGUGUCUCCUGA